ACCAACGAGAUCUCGUCUUGCAUGCUCACUGGAGGCCACUUUCACGGACUAUAAACUGAUGAUGUUGCUCUCUCCAUCUAGUGGGCUGCGAUUAACAAUCAGUAUGCCAUGUGCAAGUUCCUGCUCGACUCGGGUGCCGAUGUCAAUGCAAAAGGAGGAGAGUCCGUGGCUACGCCCGCAAUGUGGGCAGCCCAACGCUGCCACUAUUAUAUCGUACACCUGUUGCUUCAGCACGGUGCGGACCCUCUGCUUACCGACAUCCAAGGCUACAAUAUCCUACAUCUGGCUACCAUCGAUGGAAAUGCCUUUCUGCUUGUGCUCCUUCUGCAUCAAGAGAUUUCGGUGGACGUCGCAGAUCAACAGGGCCAUACAGGUUUGAUGUGGGCGGCGUAUAAGGGAUUCCCUGCAUGUGUGGAUCUGUUUUUGCGCUGGGGUGCUAAUGCCAAUGCUGUUGAUGACAGCGGCCUGACCCCCCUACACUGGGCCUUGGUGAAGGGAUCAUUGCCCUGUGUUCAGAAACUCAUAGAGUAUGGCGCCGAUCGGUUCGCAAAAACCAUAGACGGCAAAACUCCAGCGACCGUAGCGGGUGAAAUGAAUACGACACGGGUGUGGUAUCGUGCUCUGGACGAAUGUGGCUAUGACUUUGAUGGGAACACCAAGGUUCUUCCCUUGGGAUUGACGCCGUGGGUGCUGAGCAAAAAUGCCAUGUCCAAGUUCUUCUUCUUGUGGCCCUUUUUGAUGAUCUUCAUCGCUCUGUGGAUUCUCAGCAACUUGGUUGUUUUCGUUGCCGUCCCGAUCACGAUUGCGACGACCUAUGGACUGCAGUGGCUGGCCCAGAAGGUCGCUAGCCAAAGCAUUUCUGAGUACAGAAUACUUCAAAAGACGGUACGUCAACAAUUCCCCUUCUGUUCUCUGUUCAUCACUAAUCCGCAACUCAGCCGUACCUAUCAGGCGUCUUUGCAGGAUCUCUAUUUUGGGUCGGAGUGAGAUAUGCCUUCUACGUGCUACCAGGUAAGACAUUUUUUCCCUUGUUCCGGUGCGUGGGUUGGAAUCCGGCCCUUAUAAAUGAAUAUGGU